AUGUCUGCACAAGACGAAGCCAAGAGGCGGCAACAAGAAAUCAAUGCGUUUUCGGCAAUGGCGGCUGGCGAUUUUUCGAGUAUCAAUUUUCAAUCAUCAGCAUCAUCAUCAUCGACACCAUCAUCAUCAGCAGCAGCAUCAUCAUCAGCAGCAGCAGCAUCCAAAACGCCACCGCCACCAACAAGUCAAGAUGUCGAACGCGGACUGUUUGCUCAGGCCGCGGCUCAGCCAGAAGAUUCCGGAACCUUUCAAUUCAAAAAAUCCGACAAGAAAGACGGUAAUUUGGAAGCUGCGGCAGCUGCAUUGUCGGAUCCUCCUUCGAACAGCGUCUCGCCCAUUGUCAAGAAGAACAAUCUAAAGUCAAGAAUUCAAUUGGAUGACUCUGCCGUGGGUGCACCCGCUCGAAAAAUGAAACCACGGACACCCAUGCAUACCCAGCGCGUCUUUCUUCCCAAACCACUCUUCUUUGGACACGUUCCGCCUAAAACGGUAAAGGAAGCAAGACGAAUAGUAGCAGAUGCGCUAGAGGAACAGGGACAAGACAUGUCGGAUCCAUCAUCCAUCAAUAUUAGGAGCUUAUCACCCGGUGUAAGAAAUCUCAUUGGAGCCUUUCGUGCCUAUGGCAAUGGAAUAUCGAUUCUUCCAGGAGCAGAGGAGAAAGAGGACGAGAAUCAUCAACCAACAUCGUAUGUGUCGGUCUUUUGUCCCAAAUGGAGUGACGUGAUAGAGGAACCAACAUCUUCUUCGUCGAGCAAUCCGUCGAUACAAGGGGAAGAAACCACCGCAGUCACAGAAUCAACCAUUGCGGAAACUGCAGCUGCUGAAUCUUUGACACAAGACGCACCAAUUUCGAACGGCGGAGGACUGGCGUCAUCCGCCGACAAUGAUGCGAGUCUUUCGGAACGAGACUGGUUUUCAAUGAUGGCUCGUGGGGAAGGCGAUGCCGGGAGCUUUGGGAAUGCUUCUGGAGGCACAUCAGAUAGUGUACAACUUGACAACAACAAUAACACCAGCUCUGGUAGCAGCAACAACAAUGACAAUACUGCAAACGUUGUGCCAAGUCGGGAUAUGUUUUCACAAUGGGCACUGGGGGAUUCGUCGUCAUCGCCCACCUCCUCGGCAAAUUUUGGAAAUUCUAUGGUGUUUGCGGACAAUGGGAACAAAGAGAAGAAACAAGAAGAGCGAUCGGAGGUUUUCAACUCGGGUACCUUUCUCAACAUUGUGGCUCAAGGUGACAGCGACGAUGAUUCCGUUGUGGGCAGUGAGUUGAAGAAGAAGGUUGGGGUGAAUGAGCACUUGAACGCUGCCUUGGCUUCUUUGGAGAAUGACGGGGCGCUGUAUGGAAACGGGAGUCACAAUGAAGAGAACGUACUAGAAGAUACACCAGCGAUUUCCCAGAUUCCACUCACAAAGGAUGGAGGACGACCGCUCUCCAAUCACGAGCUCAUGAAUGGGAGUGCACCUUUGUUUGGAGUGGACGAUUCGCCAUUGCCUGUGGAAACGGACUUGGGCAUUCACGAAACCCGUGAUGAACAAGUGCGAAGUCGCGAGCAGAAAAAUAUUCAAGCUGUUAUUGAAAACGUCUGCCCCCAAAAUAUUAUGGGUUCUCUUGCUUGCCCAAAUCCAGCAAUGGGCCCAGAUGAUACUCAUACUUGGAAUACCAAAUCGUCUCCCAGAAUAGUUAGCUUUCCAUCAAAGUCUCUUAAAGUGAAUCCGACCAGCCCGCCUCCGUCAGAGAAAACCAACAGGAGGACACCAUCCACUGACAAGACAAGCAAUAAAGGGAAAAUGGAUUCCUCUGCCCAUUCCAGAGGUAUUUCAUCCAAUUAUCCGUCUCCAUUUACUAUUAAAAUGGUGGAGUAUGAUCCUAGAUCUCGCUUUGGAUGGUGGAACAAGAACGAGCAACAAAGAGAAUCCGAAAAGGGAGAAGACGCUGAAUCUAGCAGUGCCGAAGAGUUCCCUUUUCAGCUUCCUCCCCUUGAACAUGCUUCGUUCAUGCCUCACGUCGAGACUCGACUGGAACCAAAACCAGAGACUCUGCACAAGCAGAACCUGCCUUUAUCGCGACUGAAUCCAGCGACAUCCUUGGCCGAGGCGCUUCCAUUUUUGUCUGAUCGGCCGCCAAGUUAUAGGUUUCUUCAGAUUGACACACAGGCGGUGACAUUUUCCAGUCUUGGAGGGGAGAUUGAGCCACUCUUUUGCUCGGUGGCAGUGUAUAAUGUGGAAUCCGUUUCGCAAAAUAUCGUCGACCCUUCUGUAGCGCCAAAACCAGACCUGUCGCGAUGCGGGAAAGUUACAGAAACCUUGCAUUUCGACGUUGUCUCCGACCGUGAAGUGGAACAGCGAUGCAGAGAGGCUCUGUUCCCAUAUCCAUCCAAUAAGGGAGAAAUUGAUUCGCAAGGCACACGCUGCGGUGUCUUCCCUCUGCCUUCAAAUCUUAGCAUCAACAAUCUGUAUGCCACAAUUCUUGUGAAGAAAGUCGUCUCAGAGGGAACUGACUUUGAACCAUACAUUCGUCCCGGAAAGAACGAUGCCGCCAAUCGACAAGAUCGGAAAACCCUGGAAACUAUGAGAGCUCGAGCCGAAAAAGCAUCCAAUCAGCAGGGAAAGUUUAUCAUGCCGUUUGCGUUCGGAGUUGCCCCCUUAUUGCAAGUGUUUGGAGCCGACGUGCCGCAGUCGCCACGAAGUCGGGCCGUUCAAAUUCCUCUGUUUCGAUUCGCCUCGGGUCAGGGUGAACGUCAGAUCAUUGAGCACAUUAUGGUCAUGUUGAACCCUAGAGCGGACCACAGUAUGUCGGGAGCCGGAGGUCCAGCCCCAGUUCUUACUAAUGGCGGGCAUGCGAUGCUUGUUAUGAGAAACUUUGGAUACUUAGGUCUCCACUCUGUCGUCAACAGCAAGAGUAGUCUUGCACGAGAUCGCCUGGUUGAUUUUACUGGAGAGUCUCAAUUGAUGAGGAGAAACGGGGGAGGAUCUACUGGCGAAGAACGCGAUAGACCACAGAUUGCAAACGAAUCCGAUACAGUCGUGGUAUCCGAAUGGGACAAAGAGUUUGUUUCCGAAGCCACUGUGAGUGGUGGGCGCAAUUGUCUCGACCUGGAUCUAAAGAAAGAUGGAGGCAACGGUGCCUUCUCACUUUCCCCAUUGUACGCACAAGAGCUGAGCCCUUUGCCACUCAACUGCAUUUCAAGCAAAAUUCCAGUCAAAUCGCAGCGAGGAGGAAGAAGUGGGUCUAGUGCAAAGGAUAUUGAACCAUAUUAUCACACCACAUUCUGCAAUCAGCUCCUGUGCCAUCCGCGAUCGUUGAAGAACUGCCCACAAGGCAACAUUGUUGUAAAAGUGGAAGUGAGAGAAAUGGAAUGGAGCAGCGACUACGGUGCAUACUUUGCACAUGUCCCGGAGUCUGGGCCAUGUAUACACAAUCCUAGGCGAGGCCCAUAUCUCGUUUCGGGAGUCUUUACAUCAUGCAGUUCAAGAUGUGUCGAUCCGAGCUUUCUCGAGGAAGUGAAGAUCAAGCUGCCUCUGAUACUUGAGCCAGGCACCGAGAGCCAGACGCGUCGCUCCCUGUCUAUUUUCUUCACAGUUUUCAAACUUAGCUUUAGCCCAAAAAAGAAGUGGACAAGACGGUUACGGGGGUUGAAAAAGAUCGGCCAGAAAGCAGACGAAAUUUCCGGAGAUCUUGUUGGAGACUCAACCAUGGAAAACGGGUCACCGGGAAGUUGUCAUCUGGUCCAGUUGGCGUGUGGGCACCUUCCCAUCUCGUCAGGAUCAGCUAUCAUUGGAAAUGGCAAUCAAGAUGUCAAACUGUCGUGUAUUGCACGAUAUCCGCGCAAAGACCUCUACGAAAGUGGAAGGUUCAAGAGGACAACAUUUAUUGUAUCCGACAUUGCAGAUACUGGCAAAGGCAUUGUAUCAGCUGAUGCGCCGCGUGCUGAUAAUGAGGAGGCGACUGACUCUGAGAGCGUGCAUUCUGGGCAUGUGUUGGGUGAUAACUUGUCAUCAACUAGUGCUACCGAUAGUAUAGGGCGAUCUGAUUCUAUCGACGGGCCAAAACGACGACAAACAAGAAACAAAGUUGUGCCCGAGACCAUGGCUUUGGAGGUCAAAAUUUCUGUCCAGUCCUCAGUGCAUGCCCAGAACUCAACGCUCGGAGACUUCUUCGGCCAAGAAACAAGCAUCGCUGCAUCAUUGCAAAAUGAACAAUUCGCAUUUGCAUCUCUGAAUCGUGAGGCAUUGCUUACCCAUCUUAAUUCUGACACUGAUUUGCCAAUGUCACAAGGCACAGCAUAUGAAAUGGAAAAGCUUUUGAUCUCAACAAUUGAUUUAUCAAAACCGUCCAUGUGCCCGCUUUUGGAUGUCUCGCGGAAUCUUUUGCGUGUCACACAACAGCUAUGGUCGAUUGUGAUUGCAGGUACAGCGGAAUCGGGAAUACGAUGGGCCAAUCCGAAAUCAGUUAUACCACUUCGUAUUCAUGCGUUUGCUUCGUUACUACAACUUUUGGGCUCAACCACCGUCUUUUUGGCGAAAAGGGGGUUAACGGAGUUGGAUGGUACGAACAAGUGGAACUUGAUCACUCUCAGCCGAGUCCUUGCUCUUCUGUUUGACGAGGGGACAAUGUUUGGUGACCAUGCAACAGAACCAAUUUCCAGCACUCUUUUUGAGGAUACGUACCUCUCGUCCACGAGGGCAGAGAACUUGGAAACAUCCAAGAAAAGCUCUGCAGAGAAGAAACGAAGGCACGUUCGCUCUAAUUUUGAAUUUCUUAACAUCGGUGAUGAAAGUGGCGAAAGAAGAGCCUAUGGAGGUAGCGAUAUUCUCUUUUCAGGUCCGUCUCAUGACGAUUCGUCAUGUCAGCCUGGAAAUGGGGGUGCAUCAAGCCCGUCUUCAAAACUGUCAAAGCCGUCACUUGCUAGAUUCAAAACAGAGGGUUCGACUCCAUUAGCGUCUCCAACGCCAUUUGUAGAUUCAAUCAAUGACUUCAAGAACGCCAUGGAGACGGGUUAUAGAGAGGAAGUUGACACUGAUCAGCCGAUUGUGGAUGAAAGUAGCGUUCCUGCCACUAGUGAUGCGGCACAAGCAAUGAUGAAAGCAUUCAGUGGUCCUGUUGUGGGUAGAAAACGGUGGAUGACAGCACCUGCUCCAAACUUGGCUACGAUCAGUGAAGAUGCUGCCGGUGAUGCCUCUGCUUUUGAUAAAGUUGAGGAAGAGCAAAAUGUGGAACCAUUAGACUCGCUGGACACCGAGCUUAUGCUUAAAGCCUCAAAGAGCAAGCCGAAACAAAUGCGAGUACCAAAUGUAAAGAAAGCGGCAGCAAAGAAAGUAGAUCAGGACGGCGAUGUAGUAGGAAGUGAUGAGAAAGGGGAAAUUGGAUUCGGGUCUCCUCUGGAAGAUAUCGCGGCCAGCAUGUCAAGUGUUGCAAUCGAUGCAGUCCUGCAGGAAGAAAGUGCCAUCGAUAGCAAGUCGCAGAGCAAUGCAAUAGCAUCAGCGAAAGGAGCAAAGACCCUACCUGGAACAGAUGCGGAGAUUGAAUCUGCGGGUAUUUCUUUUCUGGAGGCUAUUGAGCGAAGCUUCGGCUUGAGCGGUGUGGAUUCAGGAGUUUCGGGUGGGGAAGAGAAACGGGUUGGUCACGCUCAUCACAGGAAGACUCGAAGUCACUGCAGCAUUGACUGGACAAUUCCAAAUGACGACUUGAUCGUUGGAUCCCCACGGGACGCAAAGAAGGAAACGUCGAAGUCAAGUGAUCUAGAUUUGUCAAUGAAAACGUUGACAUCUGAAAAGGAGAUUUGCGUACGACUUCCAACUUUUGUUGACCGUAUUCUUGCUCUUGGGGAUACUGGUUACGAUGGGACACGAUGGUUCCCAUUUGCAUAUGAGAUUGUGAUCAUGCAGUGGCUAGUACUGCUUCAAGCACAGAAGUCGUCAGCUGCUGAUAACAUGAGUGAUUAUCAAAGUGAAGAAGGACGAUUCGACAGUAAUGUUAGCUUAUCGGAAGCGGCAUCGAGGACCGGUGGUGUGAUCAUCGCGUGUGCCCCUGUUCUGUUUGAAGUAAUAAAGCAAAGUUUGGGAUGGCGAGUUGACUCCUUAUUUCGUCGAUUCAAGGGCGAGAAUGCUUUCAAAAACUAUCCUGCAUUGGUGACAUUGGAUGAAGCUCUCCUAUCAUGUUUGACCAAAGUAAUUAUUCAAGUGACCGAUGCCUGUCUGGACACUCGCAAUUUUGAUUCAUGGGACACACAAAAAACAUGCCACGAUGUAAAUGACUCUAUCAUUUUGUUCCUUCGAGAUCUCUUCGCCUUCUUGGAUCCCGAAUGUGUCUAUCGCCUCAUGAAAGCGUAUUUGUCAAGAUUGACCAAAAGGGAUGACAAUGCACGCAAUAGGGACUCAAAGAUUGGUUUGUGGUGCGCAUGGGAAGUGACGAAGCUACAAAUGAAUGCAGUAUCCGCGCUGCUUCGAUUCCCAGACUUCAUCAAAGUAAACUCUCCGCAGGCGAACAGUUGGGGGGAGUGGUGGACAGAGUCGCUCACUUCUUCAGGAGCAGUGUUCUAUGAUAGUGUGCUAUCAAGUUAUAGCAGUCUUGGAAGCUACGUCCCGGAGGAUGACGACGAAGAUGAAGUCGACCCCGGUGCAAGCACUAAAACCAUGAUGCCUCAUUGGCUUGCUGACUUUGUCAUCGAAAUAUGCGUGUUGGGAAUCGAGCACGCAGAACAGACCAUACAAAAACGGUCAGCAGCGCUCUUAUUAGAACUCUUUUGGUCGAACAGUCAAGAGAGUUUGAAGGAUGGGACCUCAACAAUUGUUGCCAGUAUGUACAUUACGUUCUUGGAAAAAAUCAUAUCGAGAACUGCAUAUCUUGCUAGCUGCUUCCAUGCCAAGAGCCAAGUUCGCCAAGACGUGCUUCGAUGCGUCAUCUUCGUCCUACAGAGUGCACCUGCAGGUUUAUUGCGAGCGUUAUGGCGGAUUCUGUGCAGCCGAGCGAGUGGCAAAGGAGCACAGCAACGCUUUGGAGGUCUAGGAUUUAUAAUCUUUGCAGAGACUGCAGAAGACACGAACCAAGAGAAUCACAGACGCUAUUCGAGCACUGCUGGUGAUUUGAGACAAGAGAAUGAUGUGUUUGAAAUGUUUUGUCUGCUGAAUCUGUGUUUAUCUACCUUGGAAUAUGAAGGGAGCGAUAAGCAAUCUGACAGGGACUUUGAGCUGGGAGAUGGACCGCUUGCCAUCUGGCAGAAAGAGUACUUGGUAGCAAAAGAGGAAGAAACGAUGGAUAUGGCGAGACGGCGAAGGCUUUUUGAAGCUUUCAGCAAGCCAUCUGGCGAGAGCGCCGAAGACACUACAAACGGGUAUGCAACUACGAGCUCUAGAAAGUGGCAUGCGCAUGACGGUGCAUUAGUUGUGAUUAAAACUGCAAUGCAGAUUGUUCGCGAAUUGCGGCUGGUCCUUGAACCUUCAGCAGCAGCUCGAUCCUUUUUCAACCCGGCUCGUCAGCGACACCGUUCCUCCACAGACUCCCUAAUUGCUGAUGCUUCGCCGCUGGCCUUUUCUUAUUCCGAUACAGUGAUCUUUGUUAGAGCUGCAGCUUCGGUUUACCUACAUUCAUUGGCAUUGCGACAAAGUGAUAUCGCGUUGGUGAAAACUCUGCACGCAUCUGUGGAGCUUGUGAAAAUACAUGGUAUUAAGAUGUUCAAUGAAGCUGUUGGGGAGACUCUACAGCACUGGAUGAGGGUAGUUUCAUAUCACUGUGGUUCACGCCGGGCUGAAGUUCGUGUUCCCGCUUCAGAUUUCCUCGAGCUCAUCCUUCGAAGCACUUGGGAUACUUUCGGAAGUUUCUUCCGAAUCCGCGUUCCAUUGCUUGCUGUUCAAACCGAAGUGAUGGAGAGGAUUGUUGCCACUGCGGCAGCGCGACACUACAAGGAUCAAAGGAAAAUCAGAAAUGGAACCAAAGACGUCGAAAUUUUCUCCAACGGCAGUGCGGAAGCAUGCCUCGCUCCUCUUUGGCGUACUCUUGAUCGGUUACACCAGCAAUCGGCAAGCCAAAAUGUGGCAUUCAAAAGCGCGUUGAUGCGCCUCGCUGAGAAGCUCAAGAAACUAUUUCGCGCUUACAUCGCAGCCCAUGCGCUCUCCUAUUUGAAUCAUCGAUCGAAGGCGCCGGAAUCUCCAACUCGUCCAGACGAGGACAAAGACUCUCCCAGAAAUCUCGAAGCUGAGACGUUGAUUCGCGCCAAUCGUACUCGCCUGCAUCGAGUCAUCAACGCUUCUGCCGGUUACAGCAAGCAAUUUCUUGGCUUUUACAGCACCUCGUUAGAGCACAGCAAUGUUGCCCACCAUGAAGCAGUUGAGGAUGCAUUUCUUGACGCUGCUGACGUGUUCUCGCCUACUGAGCUUCCUGAACUCAGAGUAGCAUGGCUCAGAAAGUUGGCGGAGUUUCAUGAAUCAAGAGGUAGAUUUGCUGAAGAAGCAACUUGCCACUACCAGAUAUACUUGACUUACAAGAAAGCAUCGCGACUACAUAGAUCUCUUUGGUCUAGUACUCCGUUCCUACCAUGGAUAGACAACGCAUCGGAAGGUAUAUAUCUGGAUGGAGAAGGCCCCGCGGGAACUGCUGAUGAUGACUCUGGAUUUGAGGGACAAGUGGAAAAGACAAACCAGUUCCGGAGAAUAUUUUAUCGCCAUGAAAACUCGAUCAGGAGCAGUGCUGAUAUUGGCUCAGGGUGCAGCAAAUUUGCUUUCUUCGGCGUGGCCCUGGCCGCUGAAUACCACACAGUCACGCCAUGGAUCACACUUCGGGAAAUGGAGGGAAAUAUGCUCGAGGAAGCAGAAGUCGCUGGUGAUCUAUUUCAGUCAGCUGGCAUUGUUGCAAGCAGCCAAUAUGUUUGGAGUCUUGCCUCUCAAUACUACGCGGAGAAAUUCAUAUACGGCAAACUUGGCCAAGUAUACGAUCGGCUAGCCAGGGCAGUUGUUUCUCGUGUUCCGCCGAUAGAUUCUAGUAUGUACCAAGAAGUGUGUGUUACUGAACCUAUUGGCCGAUUCUACCGUGUGUGGUUCCAUGGCGGAGCACCAGAUGAACUCAUGGGCGCCGAAUUCGUCUAUCGCACCGCGAGUAAUGUGACCCUCGAUCAAUUUGGAGAUGAGUUACGCAAAGUAAUCAGAUGCAUUGUUCCGGAAAAGACUCCCAUACAUUUAGUCCUUGAUGGACGGCCAGAAGAGAGCAACCAGCAGAGUUUCGGUGGGUUCAGUAGAAUGGGCUCAACGCUUGAGCCCGUCCGAGUAAAAGUGACUCCUUUGCGCCCGCUGAUGAGCAAGACAUGGACGGUAAGAGGCCUACCAGAAUGGUUUGAUGACUACAUUGACACUGUAUUUGGUUGCAAGCCUGGGUCUACAGGUUCAAAUCGCCAUGUCAUUCAUCGAAGUAGCUCCUUGUACAGCGAAAUGCAGGCAUCAGGUGCUGAUCCUCGCCAUCGGGAUCACGCUCGUUCCUUCAGUGCAUCAGUUUUCUCUAGUGCUAGCUUGAGUACACCAAGAAAAAGGCUUCCGAUGAUCGAUAAAUCUAGCGAAAAAGAAGGGGAGUUAGUGGGGACCGAUAAAUUCUCGUUCAUCCAGCCAAUCAGCAAAGGACGGGCAUUUGGAACAAAAGAUUGGCUCAAGGGUCCAUCUAGGGAUUACGCGGAAAAAACACUUCGAGUGACUCAAUUGCAAGUUGGGCAAAACUUUCCCGCAUGUGUAUCAAGACAGGUGGUGGCACACAGAAUAGUAUACACUCAAAGUCCUUUGGAGGCUGCAGUAGACGGUAUUUGCCAGUGGUGUGCAGUCCUCUUCAGAACUGCAAUCGCAACAAAGGGGCGGGCUGUGCUCGGUAUCAAUACUGACCCUGGUAUCGGUUUCGAGGCCGCCAAAGUGGUUUCAGAUAGCAUCUACUCAAGUCGAGUUAAGGAAAUUGGACUAUAUCUGCUCCAAAAGAACAGCAACGUUGCCGAAGAAGAAGACGCUGAUGUCUUGCAGUCUUUUGAUCGUUUGGGGGAAGACGAAGUGAAUCGGUUGCAACUCAAGCUUGCAAGAUCUCUCGUAGUCUUCCUGGAGAUCAUUCAUUUACUCGUCGCAAGGAAUAGAGACCUUCUCCUUGCCGUGAUACAAGAUCGAAAAGGAAAAGGUGAAACAUCGAUGCACACAUCAAUGCACACAUCAAUGCACAACUCGAUGCACUCGAGAAAUAUUAGUUUUGGUAGGGACGUUCCACUUUCAGAACCAAGAUCAGCAAAGAGUUUACCACGGCAGAACAGCGGUGCAACCACCCAAGACGCAUUCUCAUCGGAGAGAUCUAGAGAUGAAACUGGUCUACGGUCUCACAAACCGGCUAAUAGUACGGGAAGUAUGAGUACUGGUUUCACUGAUUGGGAGAUGUCGAGUCAUUCUGUUGAUCUUGACCCCAUGCGAACAAACAAGGCAAUGAACAUUCAAAGUGAGCUCCAGCGCGCCUUCCUUGGUUUGACAAAAGAUCUCUAUCCAAUGAUAACGGGAAUCAUGGGCAGCGAAACGCCAAAGUGGCUAAGAAGCGCUUGCCAACCGAGCUACAUGAAAGGAUCAGCGUACAGAAAUACCAAGAUUCCAAUUGGCGAAGAGCUCGGUUUUGACGAUGUAUACCAAGACGAGACCUUUAAUACCAGUCGGCGUAGCACACGAUCUGCUUCUAUCAAGUCUCAUGAUUCGGACGAUGGAAUGGGUCCGGUGCAUCGCACACAAAGGUUCCCCAGUUCCCCUGGAGGCAGUUUGGAGAGCUCUUCUGUCAUAUCGCGUGGUUCAGAUGCAGGUCGUUCAUUUAUUUCCCGGAGGUCAUACGAUAGGUGA